GAAGCAGGGUAUCAAGAUUACAGUGUCCUGUGAAGCCAUGGCCUCCAGUCUUCCUCUCCUCCUGCUGGUCUUGUGCAGUCUGAGUGUGGCUCAGUCCCAGAUUAAGGUGUUUGACAUGCGGGCCAGUGGUCUUCCCUCUGACUUGUUGGGAACCACAGACGGCUACGUCAAGGUGUUCUGUGGCUCUGCAGACCUGGGUAAGACAUCCGUCCGUAAUAACGAUGCCAACCCCUGGUGGGGGGAGGAGUUCGUCUACUUCAAGGCCCAGGAGAAUGACAUACUGAGGCUUGAGGUGUACGACAGCGACCUCUUUUUUGAUGACCUGCUGGGAGUCUGCCAACGUCAGAUCAAACAGGGAACCCAUGAACACGACUGCUUCCUGGAGAAAGGCGGCACUCUCCAUUACACCUAUACCCUCAGCUGAGACAGUCACUGGCUAUAGAUGUAUCUGACCUUCAGUCUUUAAUGCAACCUGCAUCUCUCAGACUGGCUCUGAGGAAUGCGCUUAGGUUGUCUGUUCCAGGUCUAUGAUUCAUCAGUUAGGAUUAGACCAGAAAUUUGGUCACUCAAACUCAUUAACUCAAUCAAUAAACUUUAUUCUGGCGCCUU